UACAAAAUCCAUCGCAGAUCGGCUUCAUUACAGACUGGACAAAAAGUCUUUCUCCUUUUCUGCCAAUGUGAUAAUGGCCUCCACUACUUUUUUAAGAGAUACAGGCUGCAAAGACAUCCUGCACCUCCUCCUCUUAGGAGUACUUCUGCCAUCAGUAUUAGCCUCCAGCGAAACUGCUGUCCCCUCCAGUUCUGGCUCUGCAUCACCCACCGGCAUUCCAGCCAAUACAACCACCAAUUCUACCCAGCCCCUCAACACCACUGGAAGCACUGCAACAGCUCCUUCCAUCCAGCCCGCCACCACCAACUCUGGAAGUAACAUCACUGGACCCACAACAAACUCAACUACCGUUGGGACCUCCACCACCUUUGGAGGAAAACCUUCUGCCUCCUCUACAGUAACCAUGAUGCAGUCCAGCACCGCCAAGGCCACCGGUGGGACUAGUUCAACUUUCUCCAUGACUUCAAACUCUUCCAUGACCUCACUGAUGUCCACCAGUCUGUCAUCAAACUCCAGUGGUAGCAUGAACGGAACCACUAUGAUACAAUGUCCUUCAUUCACAUGUAACUACUCAGACUGCUACACAAUGUACAACAGUCAGAAUGCCACUCGUUGUGCUGCUGGUGACUUUUGUCAGCUGAUCAGACAGAUGGACAUGUGCUACACUGUUAGCUGCAGCGCCUCCUGUGCUAAUAGUUGCGUCAACACCUCUCAGACCAACUGCUCCAUGAGUUGCUGCAAUUCGACUGGCUGCCUCAAUAGCAGUUUUGCUUCUAUGAUGAUGAUGAUGACAACCACAGUAAUUGCAACCACGACAACAACACCCACCCCAGCCACUACAAUGACUGCCACCAGUCCGCAAACAACAGAAAACAAUGGAAAGAAAUGCCGUUCAGGUGUAUGUAUUGGCACAGAUUGCUACACAAAAUUCCAAGAAGUCCAAAUUUGCUCUGCCUCACAGCCCCACUGUCAGCUGAAAAAGGAAACCAAAGAUUCCAGUUUCCAGUGGACAGCAGGUUGCACUAACUGUUCUGGCCAAACCCCAUGCAAGACCUCCACAGUGCCUCCAUGUCUUCUGGAGUGCUGCAACGCCACCACUUCAGCUUCCUGCCUCAUGUUGAAUGGUAUGCUGAAUGUCCCCAAUUUCGCCACAAGAGGUCCUCAUCUUCACAAAGAAUGGAUUGCUUCCUUAAUUUGCCUGCUCGCCAUCACUUUGCUGCAGUGAGUGACUGAGCGUGCUCAGCUGCUGUGCAGGUCAUUAGGUAAUCAGAGCUUUGUGUAACUUGCAGUCCCUCCAUUACAAUAAGCUUAGCAGUACAGAGGAUAACACCACUUCAUUUAUCUCACUGAUAUUCAUUUGCGUUUGUAAUGUACGAAUGCAUGGAAUUAUGUAAAGUCUAAAUUACAAUGCUGACUUUGUUUCUUGUUUUAUUAAAGUUUCCCAAUCACGUUUUAUCUCUGUUUCAAGACCAAUGAAAAAUGUCUGAACAGUAUUUCUAAAUGAAAAUCAACUUUGGGAAUCAAGGCAAAACAGGCCACAAGCAACUCAGUCUUCACAAUUCAGGUGUCAACUACCUUUAUAUUUCCCAAAAUUAUAUAUUACAGAAACUUUGUUCUUAGUGAAGCUUUAAGAACUUAUUUAAUUUUAAUAGCUUACCUUAAAAAAGCCAACAACAAUUGCUUUGCCACUUUAAAUGGAAUGAAGACACAUUUUAAUUUUGGCAUGAGUUGGUGAGCAUAAACACAACAUUUAAUGUUAACAUGGUUAUAAAUGUCUUAUUCCCACAACCUAUCCCUGUCAUCUCGAGCCAUUGUGAGAGUGAUGCAGCUAUGACUUUACAUGCACUUUAUGAAACCCAAAUAUUGAGCUGUUACAGAGUGUUGUGAAGGUUCGCUGAAUCAUUGCUGUAGAUGUUAUUAUAAGGAAAUGUGCAAUUUAGUACUUUAAGCUACUUUUUGUAUAAUAUUUUUGUGAAUCGUGAAUUGGAUGUCUAUAUUGUGUGGUUUACAAAGUAUAUUUUAAGGUAUAUGAUGUCAUGUAAAUGUUAAAUGAAAUCAGACUUUAACAACAAACAAUUUAUUCUAGUUUUGUGUGCUGAAUCUAAUAAACAAUAUGUCAGGGAAUCAUAUUUUGAUA